GCGCCGAGAGCCUGGGGCCGGCUGGCAUCGCGGGCUGGAGCAGGCUUGCCCAGCAGCGGCCAGGCCCCAGGCCUGGGCUCCGCGUGGCUCUCCCGGCGGGCCGGACCCUAUAGUAGCUCCAGAGCUGGCUCCGAGGCCGCGCUUACUCCAGCCUCCUCGCACUCUACAGCCCCGUCCUUCACCCAAGCUGGCUAGCUAACGAAUGUGAGGAAGACAAACUUGCAAGACUGACGGUUUAGGGCCCAGAGGAGGACAGCUCAGUGAUGGCGCCCAGUUUUGGAAACGCAGGCGAAUUUGAGCUCGCAGGGAGGUGUGGUCGACUUCUGCUGGGACGGGAGAGGCUUCAUUUCUCUGCGGCUGCGGUGGCCGGUGCUUCGGAAGAGUGAAAUGGAGUGUUAUAGAGCAGGGCACUUAUCUUACCUUCUUGAAAACUUGAACUCGGACAUGCGUAGGAACAGAAGGUGUCCAGGAGGGGCCUCUGUUAAAAAUCGUAUUUGCUUCUGGGGGAAGGGCUAUGAGCUACCUGACUUCUCAUGACCGGGAAGUCUCCCUUACCUUUUCUGUACUCCUGGAGGGGCGUCUUGCUCACAUGUUUACCAGCAGCUGGGACAAGGAGGAGAAAAGAAAUGAGCCGCCAGACUGCAACAGCAUUACCUACUGGAACCUCGAAGUGCACGCCGUCCCAGAGGGUGCCCGCCCUGACUGGCACAACCGCAUCCAACAAUGACUUGGCGAGUCUUUUUGAGUGUCCGGUCUGCUUUGACUAUGUGUUACCGCCCAUUCUUCAGUGUCAGAGUGGCCAUCUUGUUUGUAGCAACUGUCGCCCGAAGCUCACAUGUUGUCCGACUUGCCGGGGCCCUCUGGGAUCCAUUCGCAACCUGGCUAUGGAGAAAGUGGCCAAUUCCGUACUCUUCCCUUGUAAAUAUGCCUCUUCUGGAUGUGAAAUAACUUUGCCACAUACAGAAAAAGCAGACCACGAAGAGCUCUGUGAGUUUAGGCCUUAUUCGUGUCCGUGCCCUGGUGCUUCCUGUAAAUGGCAAGGCUCUCUGGAUGCUGUCAUGCCCCAUCUGAUGCAUCAGCAUAAGUCCAUUACGACCCUACAGGGAGAGGAUAUAGUUUUCCUUGCUACAGACAUUAAUCUUCCUGGUGCUGUUGACUGGGUGAUGAUGCAGUCCUGUUUUGGCUUUCACUUCAUGUUAGUCUUGGAGAAACAGGAAAAGUACGAUGGUCACCAGCAGUUCUUUGCAAUUGUCCAGCUGAUAGGAACACGCAAGCAAGCUGAAAAUUUUGCUUAUCGACUUGAGCUAAAUGGUCAUAGGCGGCGAUUGACUUGGGAAGCGACACCACGCUCUAUUCAUGAGGGAAUUGCCACAGCCAUUAUGAAUAGUGACUGCCUAGUCUUUGACACCAGCAUUGCACAGCUUUUUGCAGAAAAUGGCAAUUUAGGCAUCAAUGUAACUGUUUCCAUGUGUUGAAAUGGCAAUCAACAUUUUCUGGCCAGUGUUUAAAACCAUUGCAUUCAGUUUCACAGAGAAUAAGGCACCCAUCUGCCUGUCAACCUGAAACUUUUGGUAGGUGGAAGCUAGACACAUGAAGGUAAAUAAAAGGAAAGGCUGUUAAAUACAGGAAACAGUUGCAUGUAGUAACACUAAUAUAUUUAAAAAUAAGUCAACAGUAAACCACUGAAAAAAUAUAUAUAUACACCCAAGAUGGGCAUCUUUUGUAUUAAGAAAGGAAGCAUUGUAAAAUAAUUCUGAAUUUGUGUUGUAGAUUGUACUGUUGAAAAAUACUGGUUUUUUGUUUUGUGUGUUUGCCGGCGAGUUGCUGUGUGUGUGCGCGCGCGCGUGUGUGUGUGGUUUGUUUUUUUUUUUUUUUUCCUUUAACCGACAAGCCAUGUUGAGUGGUCUUGGACCACUGCUUUUCCCCUUUGUGAGUCAAUACAUAGUGCUGCUGUGUGUGUAUAUUUUUUUUGUGUGUGUAUUUGCUAAUUUUUAUUAAUUCUAGUUUUUCAUUAAAUAAAUUUGACUUUCUUUUCUGUAAUUCAGGUUUUUCCUCACUUUUUUUUGUACCUUUUUAAAGUUAGUGUCUUUUUGAUAUGCAUAAUUGUUUAUGGUAAAGUUUAUACAUAUGUGUUCAAUACGUAUUUUCUUUUCCGCCAUUAAUCAGUUCAUUAGAAAUAUUUUACAUUCAACUCUUUUGAGAAGAUACGAGUUCCAGAAAGGAAAGGUAACAGCAGAAUUAUCAGAAGCUACUUAAAGCAGCUGUAAGAUGGUCUUUUGUCUGUCUGUCUGUCUCUCUUUUUCUCCAGCUGAGUCAUACCUUUGAACUUACUCUUUGAAAGUUUAGGGAAUACUGAUUUUUUUUUUUUAAUACUGGAAAAAAGAAAUCAGGCUUUUUUUUUUUUCCUUUCAAAUAUCUUGGACAAAUCACAUGUUUAAAAUUUGUUCUUGUAUUUAUUGGUUUUGCAGAAGAAGGCAUCGUCUUACACAGUUUGUAAUCAAAAGCAAAUCAUUUGUUUAAAAAAAGGCAGUUUGCAAAAAAUGUUUUUGGUCUUUUAUAAUUCUCAUUAAA